UCUGAAGGUCUGAAGGUCUGAACUCAGGGCACAAAACUGUUGUAAGCCACUCGUGACGUCAUUUUUGAGCGACCUUACCGCACAUGGCAACAACAACCUACAGAAGUGUUGAAGUCCCUUUCUAAGGUACAGCAUGGCCAGGCAGUGGUCUGAGGGCCACUCCUCAUCCAUCCUGUGUGCUGGAGCGUCUUCAGGCCCCGAGGGUCUCCUUGCCUCAGGAUCUGAGGGGGGAGAGGUCACGCUGUGGAGCCAAGAGGGAACUAUCAUAGGGCGUCUCACACUCCCUGGUGAAGAUGACUGUACAAGUGUUGUGUUUGCACCUGCUGCUCCGGGUCAACUGUAUGUAUCACAUGGAGACGCUGUGAGUGUACUCGACCCCCGAAACCUAAAGGGCCCUAUGGAGGAGUUUCAGGGUGCAGGGGAGGAGGAGAUCAAUGCUUUGGCACUAAAUGAGACCGGAUCAGCCCUGGCAGUGGCUGACGACUCUGGAGCAGUCAGAGUAUUGGAAAUUCCUGGGGGAAAAUUGUGCAGGACUCUUCGUAGACACACUAACAUCUGCUCCUCUGUGGCUUUUAGACCAAACAGGCCAAAUAAUCUGCUGUCUGCUGGACUGGACAUGCAGGUGAUGCUUUGGGGUCUGCAGAAGACACGCCCUCUAUGGACUGUCAACCUCCAAGAUGUAGCAGAGGAAGAAGACGACCAUCAGCAGAAACCUGGCCAACUUUUCAACCCUCCUCUCGUCCACUGUGUUUCUGUGGCGAGUUGUGGAAACAUUGUGAGUUGUGCAGCAGAGGACGGGCGGGUGCACAUCAUGCGGAUCGGCAGCGGCUCUAAACUGGAGCAGCAGGGAGCCGUUAAAGCCCACAGUCAGGGAGCCUCACAAGCCCACUUUGUUGGAUUCCUUCCCCACCCUUACUGGCUCGUCACUGGGGGAAAUGACGGCCAGGUUGCUCUGUGGGACCUCAGUAAGCACCCGGUAGUGUCUCCAGAGGCAACUGCUAAAGGCACAGCACCCCCUCGCAGGAAGGGUAAGAGCAAAGCCAAGAGGAAAGAGCAAUCUAGAGACAAAGCAAAGACUCCGCCGAAGGCUUCAGCUGAGAAAGAAGAAGCUGAGGUGGAGGAUGAAGAGGCGGAAGCUGCAGGUGCAGAGGGAGUGACGGAGAAGCCUGGAGCCAAACUGAGCAUCAAUCAUGGGGACAAGGUGAACUGGUUGUGCCCGGCAGUGCUGAAAGGAGAACCCAGUGUGGUGGUUGCAGAUCAGAGCUCCAGUCUGACAGUGUACCCCCUGUCUCCUCUAUAGAGCAACACACCUCACAACAUACUCCUCAGUCUUUUACUCUGGCCAUGGAGGCAUGCUUUUUGAAUUUAAUGUAUUUAUAGUUGACUAGCUUUUUUUGGGCAAUUCCAAAGUAUGCACUCUGUUGUUUGAUGCUGUUUGAACUGGUAGCCUCAGAUGGACUUUGUUCUACUCAAAGGCAUAAUGGUGCACCAGUGGGGUCUAACUUUUUUAAGAGAAACCUGGACUGUGUAGCAGAAACAAGCAUUAAAACAGUAUACAAGUAAUCUUUCCAGAAGAAGACAGUGAAAUGUCUAUUUUGUUGUAAUUGUUUUUCAGGUUUCAUUAGAUGCAAGCUGAACUUAUUUGGUGUGGCUAAUAAGGAGCUUUGCAUGUAUGUGGUCCUUUAAAGUAUCCUUUGAAAUGUGUGGCAAUAAAGAUAUUUUUAAGGCCUUUAAAACACCA